AUGUCUACUACAUUCUCAGACAACAAAGAAAAGAUCGGACAAAUCUGCGAGAAAAACGUCAUGCAUGUUCUUGACGGCAAGGAAUAUAUUGGCACACAGAUCAAGAGCUGGAGCGAAGAAAUCAUCCGCGGCAUUCUCCAAGAGCUUGGCAAGGACGAAUUCCAGCCAUUCAAAUAUCUUGCUAACUGCCUUAUUCUUUCUCAGAAGAGCAACGGCGUUCACACCGUUACUAUGUCUCUUUGGGAUCCACAGAAUGAUGGCAGCCAGACAUACCAAUACUCCGGCAAGGGUCUCCAAUGCAUUGUUACUGUUUGGGGCCUUAAGUACUAA